AUGGCUUGUAAUGUCUGCCGUGGCCGCAAAAGCAAAUGUGACAGCGGCCGGCCAUCAUGCAGUUUCUGCCUGGAAACUGGCGCGACAUGUAUCUACGAAGAUCAACGUUCUAAUUACUCCAAUUUCGAUGCAGCAAGUGUACAUAUCAUAGACAGGUUGGAUAGUUUGGAGCGGCACUUGGAAGAACGCCUAGGGAACAUACCAAGCCAAUGCGAAAAAAGCAACAUAUCUCAUUCUUCUGCUCAACCCAUGCUCAUUCAGUAUCCUGUGAUGGAGAGCAUACUUGAGUGGCCAGUAUUUGAAAGCCUUACGUCUUUAAGGAAAGGUCAGUCAUUAGCAAUAACUGACUCGGACUCGACGGGUCACAAUCCAUCACCAGGCAAUCCAGCAGAGCAGAAUCCCGAGAAUCGGGAGGUUGAGCAUGAUUUCGAUAUCGAAUAUGCCAUUCACAUGUUCUUACAAAACGUUCAUUCGAAAAAUCCAAUACUAGAUUCUCGCGUCUUGGCCGAAGCAGUUUGUCGCUGCUCGGCAAAUGGCUUCGACACAAGUAGAGAGUCUGCUCUUGUGAUUAUUGCUUGUGCUCUAGGACUCCGCUCGUCACCAUUUGUACCGUCCCGAAACACGCAACAUGUGCCGCAAGAUACAUCAAAUGACCAGGCUGAGCAUUUGUUCCGCAGGGGCAAUCAGAUUUUAGCCUUACAACCGGCCUCUCUCUUGACAACCCAAUGUCGAUUCUUUUGUGGUGUAUACGAAAUGUUUUGCAUUCGCCCCGUUGCCGCUUGGCUACAUUUCAGUCAAGCAAGCCUUCAGCUCAAGCUUUACAUCCAUUCAAGAACCUUUUCGUAUCCAAUUCACCCAUCUGUGGAUAGUGGGCUACUACAAAGAUUAUACUGGUCGUGUAUGCAGUCAGAAUGUGAACUAUCGAAUGAGCUGCGAACUACAACUGUCGGGCUCGACCAACUAGCCUUCCCGUAUGCAUUUCCACAGCCCCCAGCUCAAAAUGAACCAUCGACCGCUUUAGACUCCGGGGGCAACGCGGGGCAACUAAAAAGCUGGAUGUAUUAUCUCUCUGAAACCUCCCUGCGCAGAGUGGGUAGCGAGAUCAUCAGCACAAUGUAUAGUAAAGAACCCGGGAAUUGGACAGAGGAUAUCCCUGGUAUGUGUGUUCGAGCACAGCAGCUCCUGGAUAAGCUUGAUGCAUGGAUGGAUAACCUGCCCAGUGAGCUGCAAGUCGCUCUGCCGAUCUCCGAAUCGUCAAAUGAGUUGGGGUUACACGUUCGAAGCAGAUAUCUCCUCUAUCGUUCCUGGAUCAACCGUGGAGCCACUAGCAUACGACUGCUUGCUUAG